GGGUUGAGAACUUCCGCAAGCAGCAUUUUUACAGUUCUAGAUUUUCUUUGAAAAACUUGCUGACCAAGAAUGCAUUAUGAAUUCAUUGUAAAAGAGCAGGACUUUGCAAUGUGUGUGUGUGUGUGUGUGUGUGUGUGUGUGUGUUUCUAUUUACAGAAACUACAAACAUAAUUGUGUUCAGGGUUUUGAGUUUAUUCUGAGAAUCCCAAUGAGUCAGUAUUGAUGACAUUCUAGAAAUUGCUUUAGCAGGUGUGAUUAGAUAUGCAUUGUUACAACCCUGAUCCAAUCACGAAGUCUCUGCAUUGUGCACGUGUAUUUAAAUAACACUUCAUUGUUAACACUUCAUUGUUCCACAUUUGCACUCCAGAGGAACCUAGAGGUGAGUGUUACCUGGAUACAACUAGAAACAGCACAGCAUAUUUUACAGUCACCUAGAAAUCAACAGAGUAAGCAAAGCCUAAGAGGUGUGAUGGCACAGAAGAUAAAUCCAGACCAAGCCAAGGAUCCAGGACCACCACAUGGGGCGGUAACUGGACAAUAUGCGGACGAGGUGUAUUUUAUGAAUGUUGCCCUCCUGUUUGCUAAGAAGAGCCGUGAUCCUAAAUCAAAGGUGGGUGCGUGCAUUGUAAAUGAGGAAGGGAAAAUUGUGGGUAUCGGCCACAACAAAAUGCCCAAUGGCCGUGAGGAUGACUUCCCCUGGAAGCGUGGAGGUUCUAGAGGUUUGGACACCAAAUAUCCAUACGUGUGUCAUGCGGAGCUGAACGCCAUCAUGAAUAAAACCUCAGUGGAUGUGAAAGGAUGCACCAUUUACGUCACUCGGUUUCCCUGUAACGAGUGCGCCAAAGCCAUCAUUCAAUCGGGUAUAAAACAUGUGGUUUAUUUAUCAAAACCACCGGCUGAAGAUCCAAUUGAGAGAGAAGCAGCUGAAAGACUGCUCAGUGGUAUUGAACCCAGACAGUUUCCGUCUAAAACUGAAGCCGAUGAAUUACUGAAGUCCAUCGACCCCUGUGCCAAAUGAAUGAGACCCGGGCUGCGCUCUUCACCACUGAAAUACAUUCAGCUUUAGAUUUAACUUUACUGAAACAUUUACCUUUACUGAAACAUUUAACUUUACUGAAACAUUUACCUUUACUGAAAUAUUUACCUUUACUGAAACAUUAACCUUUACUGAAACAUUAACCUUUACUGAAACAUUAACCUUUCCCCAAAACACUGGAAAUCCCAGUAUAUUCAAAAUGACUUCAAACUGCUAAUAGGUGAAAAUGCUGAAAACUGAUUAACUACUGAAAUGUAACAGAAAUCUUUAAACUGUACUGAAAUACUGAAAUUCACUUUAAACAUUACUAUAAAAGAUACAUUAUGAAAAAUAAACAUUUUUAAAAUCAAAAAGAAUCCUUACAGGAAUAUUAAACCGAGCUUUAUUUCCUCAGACAUCAUGCUAGCAGCUUCUGUGCUGUCGUGUUUAACUAGCGGGACGUUUCUCACUGCAUGUGCACUUUCUCGUGUAAUGAAGCUAUUGUUAAAUCCAUUUAAAUCACCUUCGUUGUCUUUUUGGUGGGUGAACGUUAAGAUCAUUAUAUUAGCUACUUCACUUUCUGCUUUCUGUAUUUUCUUUCAAAUGACAGAUUAUUCAUUAUUAUUAAUUACUGAGUGGUGAUUUGAGCAAACUGACAGCUGAACUGAAUAAACAUUGAAUAAACUA